UGUACCAGCCUGAACAGCGGAUCUCCACACAGUCAGACACAAGAACCAUUGCUAUAAUUACAGUAUCUACUGGCCUUCCCAAUAUCAAAUGAUGUGCCUGUAACCAACAUGCGACGUCCGGUUCGAUUUAUCUGACCUGAAUAACACCCGAUACCCUGUUAGGUUCGGAUUAAUUUUCUGCGCAUCAUUUGGACGGCGUCUCUAGGAUGGAGCACAUCAGAACACCAAAGGUGGAAAAUGCACGAAUGAUUAAUAAUCUGACCCCCAGGAAGUCUAUGGUGGGAACAUUGUACCUCUCCUCUACUCACACUAUAUUUGUGGAGAACACAGAAGCACGCAAAGAGACCUGGGUUCUACACAGUUUGAUGAGUAAUGUAGAGAGACUCCCGACAAACCCAUCUGGUAGUCCUCUUAUUAUCCGCUGUAAGAACUUUCAUGUAUACCGAUUGCUGAUCCCGGAGGAGAAGGACUGCAUAGAUGUGCACGCCUCCCUCACUCGUCUUUCACGCCCAGAACGCUAUGGAGAGCUGUUUUGCUUCUUUUACAACCCUAACUUGGAUAAAGAGUUAAGGGAAAAGGCCUGGGGCUUCAUCGACCUGAAGGCAGAAUUCAGCCGAAUGGGAAUACCUAGAAACCUCUGGCAUGUCACAGAAGCCAAUCAUGAAUACAGACUGUGUGACACUUACCCAUCGGAGCUGUUUGUGCCAAAAUCAGCCUCACCUGCUGUCAUUGUGGGUAGUGCCAAGUUUCGGAGUCGAGGACGUCUUCCUGUUCUCUCCUACUUCCACAGGGACACCAGUGCGUCUAUCUGUCGGAGCAGUCAGCCUCUUUCUGGAUUCAGUGCACGUUCCUCAGAUGAUGAGCAGAUGCUGAUGGCCAUUAUGAAGUCGAACCCUGUCAGCGAGUUCAUGUAUGUGGUGGACACAAGGCCAAAGCUGAACGCAAUGGCAAAUCGUGCUGCAGGGAAGGGCUAUGAGAAUGAAGACCACUACACUAACAUAAAACUGCAGUUCACCGGCAUUGAAAACAUUCAUGUGAUGAGGAACAGCCAACAGAAGCUAAUAGAUGUUGGUGGUCUCGCAGCUCCGUCCAUGAGUGAUUUCCUGUGGGGUCUAGAGAACUCUGGGUGGCUCAAACACAUUAAAGCGGUGCUAGAUGCUGGAGUCUUCAUCGCAAAGGCAUUGUCAGAGGACGGAGUGAGUGUUCUGGUCCACUGUUCAGACGGAUGGGACAGAACAGCUCAAGCAUGUUCAGUAGCUAGUGUGCUACUAGAUCCAUACUACAGAACUAUCAAAGGGCUGAUGGUUCUUAUAGAGAAGGACUGGGUGUCAUUUGGACACAAAUUUUCCCACAGGUAUGGUCACCUUGAUGGUGACCCUAAGGAGAUUUCUCCUGUCAUGGACCAGUUUCUGGAGUGUGUGUGGCAGCUGAAGCAGCAAUUCCCCUGUGCAUUUGAGUUCAAUGAGCGAUUCCUCAUACAGCUUCACACACACAUCUACUCCUGCCAAUAUGGGAACUUUAUUGGGAAUUGCCAGAAAGAGAGAAGAGAUUUAAAGUUACAAGAGCGAACACACUCUUUUUGGCCUCACCUGUGGGAGAAGCGAGCAGAAUACACAAACCCUCUGUACAGAACAGACCACAGCCAGACACAGGGUGUUCUCAAACCUCUAACCACUGCCUAUUGCUUCAAGUUCUGGAAGGGAAUGUACGGCCGAGAAGAGAAAAGUAUGGGAUCAAAUCAGUCUCCAGCUGAUUGCCUGAAUGCAGUGAGGGAGGAGUCACAACAAUUGGAGGAGGAGCUUAGCACCCACCAGGAGAGACUUGCCCAGCUGAAGGAGAAGAAAGCUCCAGGGGAGAGGAAGAAGCCCAACAAGCUGUCUGAACGUGUCCACCGUCCAGUUCCAAAUGAUGUCGAACUCGGCAGCCCUCUAGACUACUUUGCCACCACUAGAAGCGAAAGACACCCUCCUUCGUUCACACUGCCACUAGAGCCAGCAGCCCCAUCCAGGAGCGGUGACCCUGAUGACCUUUUAACCUGCAGUGAUCUCGAGUCGGGUGUUGCUGACCUCAGCAGCCACUCCUCUAGUGCUGGGGAUGACGCCAAGGAUUCGGAUGAUUUGAUCAAUACAGAUGCCUGAAAUACAACCGGUAACAAGGGAUAAAAGCACAGUAAGGGGUAAACUGGGAACUGCUAUUUUAAUGUUAUUUUUAUUUUUUUAUCUGUAUAUGUGCACAUAUCAGAGAUGGUCUAGCAACAAGCCUAUUGUAGCAAGAUCUUUUAACUUAUUUCACCAUCUGCUUCUUCAAGCCUUCAGUAUGAGUCAGUUUUUGUCUUUAUAAUCGACAUGGUUUUGUUUAGAAUAGCCUACAACUGUAUUCAUACCUGAAAUAUGUGAAAUAACUAGAAGACCUACUACAUUUGCAGUGUGCAUCAGAGCAAAAAGUGAAAUACCGUAUGCUACUAUUUUUUCAAUGUACUCUUUUCCAGUGUAACAAAUGAAUCCAAGUAAUCUGCCACAAUUUUUAACCAUCACAUUCUUAACUCUUGGCAGUCAAAUUGAAUGAGUUAAGCUAUUUUUAAAAUUGGCUUUAAAAAAAAGAAACGUUUUAUCUUGCUGAAUUAAACACUGAACGUGAUGAGGUUGGUUGAAUGUGGCGUACUGCUGUUUUGAAAUGUUUGUCGUUGCAUAAUGCAUUGCUUCACAUACAACUUUUAAAAAUAGUAGGCAGUAUAAUUGUACACUGCGCUGUAUUUUAGGAUUCCAUUCGGAACAUACCUCAUGUCUUCACUGAAAAAAGAUUGUGCCUACCAAAACCAUGUUCCAAACUGUGCUAUCCACUUGUAUUCAAAGACUUUAGGUGGUUAAGAAUUGCUGUACAAGUGAAAAUAAGAACUGGAUGGCAUCUGUACUUAGUUCCUUCUGAUUUCUAUGUGUAUUACUAGCAUAACUGAGACAGAAAAUCAAUACUUAACAAAUCCCUGUAAUUAACAUUUCAACUAGACCAUUGGAUUUUAAGCACAGAUUUGUCUGGAACAUAAUAAACAUUUCAAGGACGAAUGCCCUAAAUAAAAUGUUUUCUGAAAAACAAAACUAAAUACUUGACAUAUCUAAAGUGAAUUUCAGAGCAUUUCCCUCAACUUGGUAAAGCUAGAGAACAAUUUAUGUUAAUUGUGUACUUUUCUGACUACUUCAUAGAUGGGACAAAUUAGGGCCAUUCACAUCGAAUGCAUUUUUGCAUCUGUCUGUACUGUUUUUUUGUAGCAGUUUUUGAUUGUUGUGCCACUCUUUGCGCAAAAGCAUCAGGUUUUUAAGACACUGCGUCAAGUCAAUAGAACUUUUAAAAAUG